CUCCCUCUCACGAAGGGAAAUCACUCAUCUCUACUAUUGAAACCACGGUGUGUUUGUUGCGACAGUACUGUAUAGUCAUAUAAUAUAGUAAAAUAAAUCAAACUGAUUUACGCUAAACCUAUAACACGGUUACCAGAGAUCUAUACACAUAUCAUCACAUUUUUAUGAUGAAAUUUUCGGUGGAGAAACUCGUUCAUGGCAGUUGCAGACUGGGUCUUAUCCGUGAAGCUGGGAAAAAUAAGUCAGUCACCAUUGAAACUCCUUUCUGCUUGUUAUACACGAGAGCAGGCAGUGUACCCAACCUGAGUAUUGAUACUCUAUCCUAUGUUCAGGGACUACCUCCGAUAGCAAUGAUGCCACUCAACCUAUUAGCAGAACAUCAUGAAUCUGUAGAGGAAUACCAGAAAGGACUUGCAGGCUUCACAGCAAUGAAAGAUUUUCUUGUCUACUGCUCACUUCAAGACCCAAGCACACCUGUGCCCAGUGGCUAUAAUGAAAAGUCAAAUAUAGCUCUGUGGACAAGGGGAGGAAAAACAAAGGUUGAUCCUGAAUUGUUCAUCAAAGUCCAGGAAGCAUUUAAGGCAGACUGGAUUCAGUGCAUGGGGGAUGCAGACACAAGCAAACAGUCAUCUAAAAAGAGGAGUAGGAAGGCUGUGGACAGUUCUCUAAUUUUUCUUGAUGAGCUUCUUCAGAAACGGAAGACAUCUAAGAUUUUACAGAAUGCUGCAAUAUUUGGCUCUGUUGAAGGUGGAUUCAGUGUGUUUGACAGAAACCGUUCAGCAAGGGAAACGGCAGCACGAGGAGUAGAUGGGUUUGUUAUAGAAGGCUUUCAAAACGAUGGCAAAGAUUUCUGUCAAUUUGAGGAUGAAAGUUUUACAGAUGUCCUCAGUUCUACCUUGAAACAUCUUCCAGAAGACAAGCCAAGGCUGAUGAAUGCAGUUUGGAGACCAGAUGCAAUCAUGCAAGCAAUCAGAGCUGGCAUUGACAUCUUUGACACUUCCUAUGCAUUUGUGACAACUGGAAAAGGCAAUGCUCUUGUAUUCAGCUAUGACUAUGAAAAACUGAGUGUGAAGCCAUCUGAUGAUGGGGAUCUCUGUUUACAAGCUUCAUCUCUAACCUCAGAAUGUGGCUACAGCAUCAACUUGAAUGAUUCCAGGUUUCGAGAAGACUUUAGUCCAAUUCUUGAAGGCUGUUUAUGCUACACUUGCAAGACUUACAGUCGGGCAUAUGUCAACCACUUGUUAAACACCACAGAGCUUCAGGCUGGAGUUCUUCUCAUGAUCCACAACCUUCAGCACUACCUGGGUUUUUUUUCAGCUGUGAGGCAAGCACUUCGAGAGGAGAAGUUUCAUCUUUUAGAGUCACUCAUAAACAGACAAAGGGCUGUAUCCCUAGAGAGGUGAAAAUAGUUUUCCAUUAGUCUGGCUCUGUUUUUAAUCGUUGGAUCUUAUUUUCUUUUGUCUACAAUUUGGAAAAAUUUGUUGCAGAAACUGAGUUGGACUUGGAUGGUAAAGUUUAAAAGUUGUGGUCACUGCCACAAAGGACAUGUCAGAAAGGAAUGCUAAUAAAGUCUAUGUUUAAAAUAUUUUAUCAAUAUUUUAUCAUUUUUUAAAGGGAUGUCAUUGUACAAAAUACUCAUUUGUUCAUCUAUACUUUUUUUAAAAUCACAAUAGCUCUCUUGCAUGCAUUGUGGAAGCAAAAAAUCUCCAUAGCAAGCAAAAAGCAAUUAACAAGCAAUUAAGUCACAACAGGUUUCCAUGGCGACUGAAAGGAUAACAGAUAAGCUUCUAGCAACUCGAACAACUUUCACACCGCAGAGAAACCCUAGCUGAGAGGUCUUUGAAGUAUCCAUAUUAAAUAUAUUUACUUAUGUGCAUUAUGUGUGUGCAGCUCCAAAGGAUAGCUGUAUUGAUAUGAAAGAGAAAUGUUUGGUGAAUUAUGUGAAUGUUGGUUUUCGUGUUCACAAGUGUGGAUUUGUGAAAUAAAUGAUGAAAAUGUCAACUAGAUCCCCAUCAAGCAGUUAAUAUUGGCAACAGAAUUAAAAUGAUAUGAACUCACCUUUUAUUUCACCAAACUUUUCUACAGCUGCAUGAUAUUUCAUCAAUGGUCAGAAAAAGACAAAACCAUGAAUGCCAGAGAAAAAUUCACACAUUACCAGCGUGAAAUGACAAAAGUACCAAGUGAAUAUGUGCAGUAAUAUAUACUAUGAAAUGCAUGGUAACGAAAAUUAUGCAUGCACAUGCUAUAUCCAGCACCCACUUUGGAAGCCAAGCAUUUAAUCCACACAUCUGAUUUUUCAUUGUAAUUCAACAUAUAGGACUGGUAACAGUGCUCUCAGAUAACAUUCUUCCUGCAGAAUAAGUGUUAAAUGUGUUUAAAAGAACAUUUAUUUUAACUAAAAAAUUAUGGCUGUUUUUCAUGGUUUUAUAUUUUAUACCCAAUGAUAUUUCUAACUAGUGUGGAUAUGAACGAAUGAAAGUUUUAUACAGAUACACAUUAACAUAAAUAUUUGCUCUUCCUAUGCUCAUAUUCUGUAAGCUGACUUGGGAAAAGAUUGUUUUAAAUUUGUAGCAGAACUUGGUAUCACUUGUGGGCUAGAACAAUUCUUGUACAAAAUCUGCCUAGUGGCCAAAUAGACCUGCCUAACAAUGUAGUCUUAAGCUCUGCUGCCUGCAGCAUCCAAUGUGGGUUAUAUGAUACUUAAGAAUAAAAUAAAUUUGGGAAAUUGUAAACAGAAUCCCUCAAGGCCACUUUAAUGUCAGGCGGUCAUGCCUAUAGAGAUCAAAGAGAAUAGAUUAUCAAAUUAAUCAAGGUGCACUUUAAGACAUUCAUUACAACCACGCAUUCUCAAGAACAUUUGUUUUUCCUCCUUUUUCUUUGCCAUUCCACACUGCCAUUCUUACAAACUGUCCUCAGUUUUGUGAUUUGUAAGACAGAGCAGUGUUGACAAUUGCCAAAUAGAUUGUAUGAUCUUUGAUGCUGUUUAUCUACAGACACCCCAGCUGACAUAACAAUGCUUCUAAAUAAGCACAUCUAUGUGAACCAUUUCUCAUUAAAUGCUUUAAGUAUAUUACAGUUCAAACAUACCACCUUUCCUUUUAUACUGGCAAGUACCAUCUUCCAUUUGUGUAUUCUCUUCCCUUCCCCUUUUGGUUCCUUUUCCCAGCAACUUUUUUCACAACCUUAUUUAACCUAAAAAAAAUUAAGUCUUGCUGAACUAGUAACUAUUUAACUUUACGACGAUUUUUUAAUAAGUUUCUUUUUUUUAUUUUGGUAUGUGCCAUUGUGUCAAUUAUUGGUGUUGAUAAUUCUGUGGUUUGAUCUCAUGUUAAGGACUACAUUCAUAGCUCAUGCAGGAAGGAGUGUGACAUCAGCAUAGAUGCCUGAAGUAGUAAACCUAAACACAAUUUCAUCAUCAGCUUUGUAUAUCUGGACACAAAUCAAAAGACUGUUGUGAAAGCAACAGCCAUCCUUCAUUUUCUCCUAAAGAGAAUGGCUAAGACUAUGGCACCAUGAGAUUUGCAGUUCCUCCCUUCCGUUCACAAUGUUUAUAUAACCAUAUUGUUUUCUACUGACCCCUUACGAUCGCUGUUUGCACAACCAUCCAUCUAGCAGCAGAAUGCCUUUCUAUAUUUUAUUUGUUGCAUUCUCAAAAUCUUAUCCUCUUCAAGACUUUUACCCUUUACCUCUCCCUUUCCACAACUGAAGAACCUUUCUGCUAUUCCUUCUCACUCUUCUCUUUUUUUUUUUUUUUAUCUUUCCUGAUCAGUCAUCAUUAAAAAAUACAUUCUGCAAUGCAUAUCUGUUUCGAUUUCUAUAUGAAAAGUUGUUCUCAAAAUAGUUUUCAAGAAAACAGCAAUUCAUGUCCCAACGAAAAUGAAGAUCAAUGAAAUGUUCAAUAAAGAACAUAUGAAAAUGGUUAAAGAAAUAUUCUGCAAGCAUGACUUUGGUGCUGUUGUUGGGCUGAUAGUUUAAUCAUACCAUUUAUUAGAAAACAUUUGAAAUCUUUUCUGCAUGAUGAAAGUAUAUAUGUACAAGAGUUACAGUCAUUAAGACUUUGGAUUUCUGAAAAUGAGAUAUGACAAAUAACAUUCACUUUACAUGAGAAUCACACAGAUGUCAUGCUUCUAAUGGGACAAAAACCAACAUAAAUGAGAUUUGAGCACAUAAAUAAUGCUGUAAUAAUGACAUUUCUGGAACCGAUGCUAGAAUAUCCUUUGCAAUGCCAGGUGAAUGCUCUCAAGUGAUUAACAUUAUUAAACAAAUUGAUGGAAAUAUGCAGGUUUCUAAAAAGAAAAUUACUGAGUUCUCAGAUAUAUAUAAUGGAAAAAAAUGGAUAUGGGUACUAAUAUCAAACAUUUUUGACAGCAUUUUAGGAUUGUUUAUACAACAAAGUUUAGUGUUUUAUUUAAACAGAAACUGAAUGGGCCUUCACAUUUUAAAACUAGCAUGGUCUGCACAUAAGCACACAUACACACUUGUAUGCUCUCACACACAGAUUCACAUUCCAUAAACAACAGCAAUAUCACAAAAUCUCCAUGAUAAGGAUAGCUUUUGCUCAUCUUGUAACAGUAAGGAGCAAUACCUGUAAUAAAAGGCAAUCUGUGAAAUCUAUAUAGGUGUCAGUUAUUUUUUAAACUUAACCAUGGCUUUUCUGUUUUUGCUGAUAGAACUUUGUAACCAUCAUCAAGUUUCAUUUUCCAGCUUUUUCUGCACAGGCAUAAGAACUUUGUGAUAUCCUUCGUACAAAACUAUUCCAAAGAUACAAUGCUCAUGUUGUUGCUGCCAUUACAAAAUGUUUUCAUAAAACUUGUUUUUCAAAAUUCGUGAGAAUUAAACUAUCCUUCAGACGUCCUGCAGAUAAGAUCAUGUUUUUAAAGGCUUUUCCUUACCAAACAUAAUUUCUCUUAAACGAACAAAAAGGAAUGUGUGGCACAUCGCCUGACUCCAUCUUGAAGGAUGCCUUGAUUGCUGCUUACCUGACUCAAAUCAAAGGCAACUUAGGUAUCUUGCAAUAUACACUAUUAUUGUAUCUGUUUCUUAUAAUAGUCUACAUAUGUAAAAAUUU